AUUCGACGUUGCCCUGAAACUCCCGCUAGGUUUCGUUUUUAAACUGCUCCUUUCUUCACGACACCCCUAAAAAUCGCCUCUAUUACUUCACCACCAGUGUCCUUUAUCCUAUCAUUCCAUCUUUUUUUGAAUAGCUAUGAAGCCAUUUGUCCUCAUCAGUGCAGUUGCGACUUUGCUCUGUUUCCAAGAUGCCAUGGCUCAACAGGAAGGGGGAACCAUACCCGUUCCAACCACGUCGACAGCAUCAUCCUAUUCUUGUGACCCUAGCACUUGCACGUUAGCGAACGGAUGUCUGUGUGCCUCCAAGCAACCUCCAAAUAAUAUGACACCCGCCGACACGCCACAGUUUGUUACCAUCACAUACGAUGACAGUAUCCAGGCCGAACUAUUGAAGACAGCUAGAAAAUUGCUCAACGUUACGAAUCCAAACGGAUGUCCCGCACGCGGAACAUGGUUUGUGUCAAUGCAAUAUACCGACUUUUCCUUGGUUCAGGAAUGGUAUUCCCAAGGCAAUGAAAUCGCCGACCAUACUUUCACUCAUGUGGGCACUCCAUCGGAGCAGGAAAUCAGUAGCUGCAAGACCAUGCUGAAUACGUAUGGUGGUAUUCCCAACGGCAAGGUCAGAGGCUUCCGCGCUCCUUUCCUAAAUUACACAAAAGAUACACUGGGCUUGCUGCACAAACAAGGCUUCUUAUACGAUUCAAGCGCAAGUGCAGUAUCCGAGGAUGUUUUUUGGCCGUACACACUCGAUAAUGGCAUGGCCAACGACUGCUGGACCGGUAUCUGCACGGCCGGUGAAGUGAAACUACCUGGUUUAUGGGAAGUCCCCAUGUAUGCAGUACUAGAUAACGGCAGUAUCCCGCAAUUGAUGGAUGUAUACAUGGCAGGUCAGCCUGAAGACGUAGCCAAAUGGAGUAUGGAUGCCUUCAACCGACAUUACCAUGGUGGGAGACAACCCUUUGGUAUUUACGUUCAUCCAACUCAUCUUACUGGAUAUCCUGGUCUUGAUGAUCCUGCUCCCAAGCUCAAUGGUCUUGUAAACUUUAUCAAAUCGCUUGCCGAUAAACCUGAUGUAUGGUUUGUCACCAACCAACAGUUGCUGCAGUGGAUGAUGAACCCCGUGAAAGCAUCCGAACUUGCCAAACAGGACUACAUGAAGUGCCAACAACCAGUCAUUGCCAAAGAAAUCUGCAACGGUUUGGACGACGAUAACAAUGGUCAAAUCGAUGACAACCUCUAUAACAGCUGCAACUUUGGCACCACCACGUUCAAGACAUGUUUCAAUUGUCCUGGCAGUGCACCUACCCUGGAUAAUCCUACACCAGCAUCCUCUGUUCAAAAUGGCACAGCUGGCUAUCGAUGGCCUCUUCCCAACAACUGCGAUACUAAAUGGUGGGAUCCCAUUGACAAUGUGUGUCUAUGUUCGUCUACCGAUUGUCAAUACAAAGACACGGCAGUGCCAACCAACAGAACCUUGAAUGGUGGCGUGAAUGCGAACCAGGCCGGAGGAUCCAACGACGUUGCGGCGCUAACCCUUCAACCUUUCCAUCUUCUCAGCGGCCUUCUAAUAGCUGCCAUCAUGACAUACCCAAUAGCAUCUUUCUAAAUUGCACGUUGUCUGCUAGUUUUCAUCGCGUUUCUUUUUAUCAGUUAACUUAUUCCUCCCAUUCAUAUGAUUUCUCUUUUGUAAAUGACCCGUAAUUAGAGAAAAUAUAACAUUUCAUCACUAAAGAUCAU